AUGCUUCUUUGGGCUCUAGCGUUUGUGCUUGUGCCUUGCUGGGCGCAAUGGGCUACCUUCUACUCUUUCACUGAGGGUAAGGUGUAUAUGAGGUUGAAGAACGAUGAUAUAGUGCCAUUGAACUUCUCCAUCACGGGGUUCAAUGACCUAGAGAAGUUUUCCAAAUAUUCGCUGAAACAGCUUGAUAUUACUGCUGGCCUGAGUCUAGAUGCUAUAGCACAGCCGCCAGAGAACUCGACCGUGUUCCUAUAUAAGGAUGGGUUGUAUGCGUUCAAGGCAUUGGACCAGGAAACCGCUUAUGAUGUUUGUGGGGAUGGGAUAUUCCAGCUUUUGAGUUAUAAGCUGGAGAAGAACGAAUGGAGUCCAGCAACAGAGAACAUGACGUUUGCUGACGUUUCAGAUAUUUCGUAUUACGAGGGUUCUUCUAUUUUGACGAAUCCAGAUUCUGACGAUAUCUAUAUCUACGGAGGCAAGUGUCCAUCUAGUGGCGUGGCCACGGAUCGUCUUCUUUCAUAUAAUAUGGAGACUUCGAGCUUUUCCAAUAUCACCACUUCUACCAAACCACACGGCUUCUUUGGUGCUGCUAGCCAGUGGGCACCAAACCCACAGAACUCGUUGGUUGUGGGUGGCAGAUCGAACGACGGUUGGCUCAACAUGUACCAAUUGGCUACAUGGAAUUACGAUUCGGGCUGGUCGUUCCAGGCGGUCCAGAAGAACGACUCGUUUAGUGUCAAUUCCAGAAUCAAUGCUUUAUUGUUACCUAUAUUUUCGCCAUUGGCAGACAAUACGACAUCGACGUUUGAAAACACUUACAAACCACAUUCGAUGAUUCUUAUUGGUGGUAAUGACUCCAAGGGUGCUGCAAGUCCUCAAUGGGCUAAAUUGAAGGUGGAUGCAAACACUUGGGCUUGGGAAACUGUCGAAACAGAUAUCAAAGUGGACGAUGUUCUUGGUGGAGCAGUGCUUUUUGAGACGCUUGUUUUGGUCAGAGACAGUGGCAGCAAGAAGAGAGGCGACUCUGGAUACACUGUUGAGCUCUACGAUAUUGCAAACAACUUCCAACAAGUAAAGUCCUUGGCUGAUAAUACCAAGAAAACUGAAAGUUCCGAUAAAGGUACCACUUCCACUACACAGAAAGCUCUCAUAGGUACCUUAGUGCCUGUUGCUGCUCUUGCCAUGGCAGCAGCUGUUGGUGUGUUCCUUUGGAAACGUAAGGGCACAAGUGAGCCAGAACGUGAAAGUGUUCUUGAUGCAUUUGACUACCAGCUUGGCCAUUUCCGUACCAGAUCAGAUUUACCUUCAGAUAUUCCACAUCCAGAAUACCACCGUCGUUUAUCCACAAGCAGUGAGUCUACGCUAGAAGCGGCGUCCAUUGACUCUUGGGUAAAGAAGAGGCAAGAAUACGAUUCAAAGAGACAACGCACAGUAAGAAGACACAGUUUCCUUGGGCUGAAUGAAACACUUAAUAACCAUCCUGAGGUUGUGGAUGACGAAGAGUCGGUGACUUCUGUAUACCCAGAGAUGAGCCAACUCGAUCCCAAACCAGCCGUUCCAGCUCGUGUUCACCAGCUUCGAAAGAGUUUCUCAUAUAGCACUACACCGCCUACACUGCCUGGACUCAGGAAGAGCACACAAAAGGGCGGAUACAUGGGAAUCUCUGAUUUCCAGGCAGAAGAUAAGGAAGAGGAAGAAGCAGACGGUUCGUCUUGUGAUGAAGGCAUGGAUGUGCAAGUGUUGGUGAGUUCCAAGAGGAAGAGUGUGCUACGGGUAGUGAACCCUGAUCUGCAAAGCCAGGACGAAGACGAUUCAAUACGGCAGCGGACGCCGUCGAAAUGA